AUGCCAAGUGUAGAAAUAUCUGUGUCCAAGCUCAAAAUAUUGUUUGAGAAUGAGGGAAACGUGUCAGUGACCACACCUUUGGGUAAUACGCUUCUUGAAAUACAAGGUGAACUGGAGUUUCCGUUGACACUGCCAACCAACGAUGUGAACAAAAAAUUCGGCAAAUUCAACGAUGAACACAUCGUCAGAUUCGGUCUCUUACAGGUUGAUGAAGCGUCGAAAAAAGCUACAAUGCUUGUAGGCGAGAAACAACGACUGUUAGGAUCGGUAGUGAAGCUGGAGACACCAUUGGGACUCUUGAAGUUUGAUCAAUCAACAGGAUCAGUGGAUCUACAAGACAUAAUAAGGUAUAAGAUCAUAUUCAAAGAUAGGCCACUUCCGAUUAUGUGA